UAAGCAGACAGAGAUGAUUUCAAGUGGCAAACUGCUGCAGAUGUAUGAAGAGUGACAGAGAAGAUAUUUUCUUUUUAUUUUCAAAUAACAAGAGAUUUGCAGCAGGAGUCUGUGCUACACCUGGCAGAGGAUGCAGUUGGUUGUCUUUGUGGUGGUGCUAGCCCUGGGGAAGGGAUGCUUCAGCUGCAACCUGAAAAACGUCAGCAUCUCCAUGGAGAGAUGCGGUCAGAAGGUGUGCAUCCACACCACAAUCUGUGAAGGGCUGUGCUACUCCCAGGACCCUGUCUUUGAAAGCCCUGAAGAGGCACCUGAGCAUAAGAUCUGCAAAGGGGACUGGUCCUACGAGGUGAAAAACAUCGAGGGGUGUCCGGGAAGCAUCACUUACCCAGUGGCUACAAAAUGCAACUGUUCCACAUGCAACACAGAGGACACAUACUGCGGCCGCUUUUAUGGCCACAUACCCAGCUGUUAAACUACUCCUUAGGUCAGCAAACGUAUACUUAUUAUUGUACCUCUUUGUCUGACACUGAAAUAAAAAAAGAUACAGCUCAUA